CGGUCACAUGGUAUUGAGACGCCGUACUUUGAUUACAAUAUUGCCGCGAAAUGUCUGCAGCGUAGGCAAUUCUGCGAAUUUGCCCACAGUAACGUCAGGCUUCCGGGAGUCAAGUUAUUUUGUGUUCGUGACAGUUAUAUUGUAUUUUCCCGACUGGUUUGCAAGAUGCAGCGAGUUUCACGUUUGAAGAGGGAGCUGCAGCUUCUUAAUAAAGAGCCACCCCCUGGUGUCACCUGCUGGCAAAAUGAAAGCAAUAUGGAUGACCUCCGUGCACAGAUUAUUGGUGGAUCAGGGUCUCCGUAUGAGGGUGGCAUCUUCAACCUGGAAAUCAUUGUCCCAGAGAGAUAUCCAUUUGAACCACCAAAGAUUAGAUUCCUUACUCCUAUCUAUCAUCCCAACAUUGAUUCUGCAGGUAGAAUCUGUCUGGACAUUCUGAAAUUGCCUCCAAAGGGCGCAUGGAGACCAGCUCUCAAUAUAUCAACUGUUCUUACUUCCAUCCAGCUUCUGAUGAGUGAACCUAACCCUGAUGACCCUCUUAUGGCCGAUAUUUCAUCAGAGUUCAAGUACAACAGGGCAGUAUUCUUUUCCAAUGCCAGGAAGUGGACAGAAAAACACGCUAUGCCGCAGGCACAGGGCCUAAAUAAAGAAUCACAAGAAACUACACACAAACGCAAAAGUGCGGAAAUCCCUGAAGAAGCAAAAAAAUUUGCCAGAGAAACCUAAUAUAUUUAUGGUUUGUUUGUGUUUUUUUGUUCCUUAAGUGCAUAUAUUUUUCCAGUUAAUCUAUAUUUGUAUAUACUUAGUUUUUUUUUUUUUUUUUUAGAAAGCUUACUGUGCAAUACCUUUUUAAAUAAAAUAUUAGGCAUUUAUGUUAAAUGAGACCUGUUGCCCACACAUACAAAGUUGUAUAAUAAAAGUCCUUUGCAAAUUAAACCCAAAUUCUUUUUUUUCUUGCUCAUUAAUAAAUCUGUACCUGUUAUAAAUGUAUUUAAAAAUCUGGGCUGUCAAUCAUAUGUUGCCUGCCCCACCUCUAUACCUAUCUUUUUAAUUACGUAUUCUGGAGGGCCAAUUUCAGAGCUAUCUGUAAUUGAGAAGUUUACCCUCCAAUAAAUGUGGCAGAAUGUGAACCUGUGUGACUUUCUCCUCAUUUCCAGUGGUACUUGUAGAUAUGUAUAUAUUCACCCUUAUAUUUCUAUCCCACACCAUUUGCUUAUAAGGUUAUAUUAAUGCUAGUUAUUACUUACUGUGUGAGGUUCUACCUUCUGUACUAUUUUUUCAAGGAUACAGUAAUGCACAAAUAUAUAUUGUUCCUGCAACAUUAAAAAUAAAAUGU